CAACCGAGGAGAGAGAGAGUGUGUGGGAAACAGUGAUUUAACCUCUAACUAUUUAAUUGUAUUGAACCUACAGCAGUAUACCAUACCACCUUACCGAAUAGUCCAGCGAAAACGAGAGACUAAAAUACUCCUACGCCCACUUCCCCUUCCGACGACCCAGCAAAGAAAAAUGGCGCAAACUCAAACCUCACAAUUCCUAUCUGGCAACACCGCCGCCAUCAAUGAGUUUCUGGACAAAUUCGAUACCUUCCUGCUUGACUGUGAUGGGGUCCUCUGGUCAGGUGACAAUGUCUUUGAAGGCGUACCUGAAACCAUUGCCAUGCUGAGAGCAAAGAACAAGAGGACCGUCUUUGUCACCAACAACUCGACCAAGUCCCGCCCCGAGUACCAAAAGAAGCUCGCGUCAAAGGGCAUCGAGUGCGACGUGGACGACAUUUUCGGCUCGGCCUACUCGGCCGCCAUCUACAUCUCGCGGAUACUCAAGCCCGAGGCGCCCCGCAACAAGGUCUUUGUGGUGGGCGAGCGCGGCAUCGAGGACGAGCUGCGCAGCGAAGGGGUGCCCUUUAUCGGCGGCACCGACCCGGCCUACCGCCACGACAUGACCGACGCCGACUGGAAGGGGCUGGCCGACGGGUCGGUGCUGGACCCGGACGUCGGCGUCGUGCUGGCCGGGCUGGACUUCCACAUCAACUAUCUCAAGAUCGCGCACGCGUACCAGUACCUCCGGCGCGGCGCCGCCUUCAUCGCCUCCAACACCGACUCCACGCUGCCCAUGAGCGGCAACUUUUUCCCGGGGGCGGGGUCGACCAUGAUCCCCAUCGCAAACAUGAUCGGGCGCCAGCCGUUGGCGCUCGGCAAGCCCAGCCAGGCCAUGAUGGACGCCGUCGAGGGCAAGUUCAAGCUGGACCGGUCGCGCACCUGCAUGAUCGGCGACCGCCUCGACACCGACAUCAAGUUUGGCAUCGAGGGCAAGCUGGGCGGCACCCUGGCCGUGCAGACCGGCGUCAACAAGAAGGAGGAUUGGGAGAAGGAGGACGCCGUCGCCCGCCCGGCCUUUUACGUCGACAAGCUGAGCGACCUGCUCGCCGCUGGUCAAUAAAUGGAGGGGCGCAAACUUGUUUUUUUUUUUUCGGGGGAGAACGGGGCUUACUUGAUAGAGAUAGAAGUGAAUAGAUAAAGUGCAGUAUUGGAUACUAGCUCAAGGAAGGGACUGGGCCCGCUAGCAACCAGCCAUUGGAUCUAGAUAAAUAUACAUUGUCUCUUGGUUUGACACUGCAGACUAUCAGACCUCCCUUUUUAUUUUUACCCAAAGGAGCCGCCCAGCAAAGGAACACGUCAGAUCCCAAGAUCCAUUCCCAGUACCCUCAAAUCAAUCCAGCAAAAUGGCACGUUCAUA